AUGUCUGACAUAUCCAAAAGGGCAUUUGCUGAGCUUGCCGUUGAUGGCAGCAACUACUUGACUUGGGCCUUGGAUGUUGAAAUCUACCUAGAUUCUUGUGAUUUAAGCAGCACUAUUGAUUCAGCUUCUCAGAGCACCUCUGCCCAGAAGGAUCGCUUUGACCAACGGACGGCUAUUAUGCUUCCGCAAGCACAGUAUGAUUGGUUGAACUUGCGAUUUCAGGAUUUUAAAUCCGUAACUGAAUACAAUUCAACUCUCCACCGCAUUGUCUCACAGCUGAAGCUCUGUAAGCAGAACAUUACAGAGGAUGAAUUGAUUGAAAAGACCCUCUCUACAUUCCAUGCAAGUAAUCUUAUACUCCAGCAGCAGUACAGGACCAAAAACUAUUCAAAACACUCUGAAUUGAUCUCUGCAUUACUAGUUGCAGAGAAACACAACCAACUUCUGAUGCGCAACCAUAAUGCUAGACCAGUUGGUUCGCAAGCUGUGCCUGAAGCACAUGCCGCAAAUCAGAGUAAUACUCUUGGGCGUGGACAUGGUAGAGGUCGUAGACGUGGUCGCGGGUCUUAUCGUGGUGGUAGGGGUCGUGGUCGUCGCAAUGCUUAUGGUAUUCAGGACCAUGGCAAGGGUCAGAACAAGGAUAAAUCUCCUUCAAACAAGCCUAACUCUCAUCAACAGACUGCAAAUAACAAGCAAGCUUGCUAUUGGUGUGGAUGUGAGGACCAUUGGUCUCGCACAUGUCGUACACCGAAACAUUUGGUUGAGGCCUAUCAGAGAAUGCUGAAGGACUCAAAGGGGAAGUCAAAACAAGGUGAAAAACAUCAUGCUAGUUUGCCUGAAGCAAACAUGACCCUAAAAGAUGACAAUUAUGAUGAUAACCUGAAUCUGGACGAUGAUGACUUAUUGAAGAUGGAGCUUGAUGAUUUUGGUGACCAGGAGUGA